UUUUGGCUGUAUUAUAUUUAUUUUCAUUUUUUUUAGAUAAGAACAAAAUAUUUUUUGCUUGCUGAAUGUUAAGCUUGCUUUGAAACUAAAGAAUAAAACACUACUGUCAACAGGUUAAGAAAUUAGACAGAAUUUUGCUAUACAAUCUGUCAAAAUUGUAUGUCAUUAUCAGCUGACAGUGAAUAGAAUUUCGCUUCGAGAAAUUUGAAUUAUAAACACAUGCUUUUCACGUGUUUCGUAAAAACGAAGUGCUCGAGUAUGUUACUGAAAAAGCGAUAGUAAUAAAACAUUAAAGAUGUCCACAAAUCCUUGUCAAAUCUGCGGCUGCACUGGCUUGAAUCUAGUUGAUGGGUUCUAUUACUGUGUUGAAUGUGGUACUCAAGAUGUAAAUGUUAGAGAGACAGUCGUUGAAUCAGCUAUGCUAGCAGAUGGUACAUAUGCUGUUACUGAUACUAAGAAGAUUACUACAAUUCUGAAGGAUGCUGUCCAGAUGAGCGGAGAAUGGCAUAAAUGGCACGCUUACAACUUCAUAUUAGCCAGUUUGACUGAUGAGCUUAUAGCUUUAGGUGCUAAGCCAACUGUGAAAAUCAAAGUGCUAUGGAUAUGGGUGCGGUAUAUUAAGAAAUUUCAACAAAAAGAAGAACCAGAGGCCACGCAGUUCGAAAGUAAUAGUUUAAAUGGAGAAGAUAAAGAAGAAUUAAGUGAAGAAGACAUAGAUAAAGAAGACAUAGACGAAUUUGACGAUUAUGAACUUAAUAAAACAAAGAAAACAAAGAAGAAAAAUCCAGAUAAGCAACAAUACGACAUUAAUAAUAUAACCAAAGGCAUUUUACUAACUAUAUUAUAUGUUGCAUUAAAUUUAGACAAAAGUGAUAUACAGUUAACACACUUAUUUCAAUUUAUAAGGGAGGGCCGUUUAAGCAUUUACAAUUGUUCAAAGUAUGUGCCUAAAGAAUUAUCUGUGAAAUUAAUACCAAACUGGCAGAACUUUAAUUACAGCACCACAGAAUACACAAUUAGAACUAUUCGUGCAUAUGCUAUGACACUCUUCAAACGGUUACAAUUGGGUGUGCCUUUAGUACCGGACUUAAACAAAAUUAUAGACAAUUAUAUUAAAGAACUAUGUCUUCCAGAAGAUUUUAAGGAUUUAGUCAUAUCUUUAAUUGCUCUGAUGCCAUGUGAUUCAUUACAAAUGGAUAACCUUUCAAUGAAACAUUACAUAUAUACACCAGAUUAUGAAACAUUAUGUAUGUCUUAUGUUUUAUUAGCUCUUAAAACCUGUUUUGGAUUAGACUGCGAUUAUGAAACUAAGUUAUCUGAUGCAGUAGAUAGAAUAAACUGUGAAGAAGAUUAUUUAAAAUCAUAUAAACUUGGCAUGUAUUCUGAGCCAACUGAUAGAUUGUUUUCCUUUCGAGAAUGGUAUAUGUUUAUGCAAUUGAGAAAAAUGAUAUUAAGUAAAUAUUUUUUACCCAUGGCUAGACAGUUUAAUUUACAUGCUGACGAUAGUGUGUUUAUGGAGCAUUUAGAAGAAAGGAAAAAACGAAAAAUCAGGUUAAGCGAUGACGUAACUAUGGAUAUUUUAAAUAAAAUACCUUUAGAUGAGACUACAGUGAUUCCUAAGAGUCAAUUCCCGGUAAGUCUUACUCCUAUGAGUACUUACACGGAAGUUAUAUUAGAAUAUAUAAAUGAUCCAGAUUUGAAAUUACGCCUAUGUGAAGACUUCACUAAAUACUCACUUAAAUAUGCUACGAGAGAUUUAAAACUUCCUGGCUAUAAUAUUAGUUCUGAAUAUUUGAUCGCAGGUGUGGACGAUGCGAAUAAAAUCAUUAAUCGAUGUAUAGUUGGUACGUUAACGGCGAAAGUAGGAGACCCUACUUUAGUUUUAGUUAGGAAUUGUGAUAAUAAAAAUUGGCUUAAGACCAGACCUCCAAAGGUUAAACACGUUACUAUUAUAAAUAGUAAUAGAACGGAUAAUGACUGUAUAUCUAGCAGUGAUAGCGUAACGGAAAGAAAUGAAAGUGGAUCAGAUGAUGAAGAAUGUACAAAACACAGUGGAGAUGAAGAAAGUUGGGAUGUUAUCGAAGAAGAAGAUGAAGAAGUAUGUAUAUACGAUGAUGAUUUUAAGAACUUACAAAUAGAAGAUGAAAAAGAAGACGAUAAAAAAUACUCAACAAGCCGUGGUGAAAUGGAUAGAUUUGAAUUUCAAAAUAACAAUUUGUAUGAUAGCAAAACAUAUAUACACGAUAGUUUUAGUGAAGUUUCUGCUCAAGAAAUAGUUUUCAAUCCAGAAACCUUUGACAGAGAGAAAGUUAUCCAAGAACUGAUAGAAAUGGCUUGUAAACAGUACAAAAUUCCCAUUCCUGAAGAAAAAGAGGAAAGGCGACCCAUAAAAAGAAAAAGCUUUGUAAAUAACCAAGCUGGCGCUAGUGAACCUAAAAAGAAGAAAAAUUUCAGUAAACCUGGAGAGGCAGCUCAAAUUAGACAAGGACUAAUCGAUGCAUAUUACGAGAAUAUAAACAAUGAUGUUUUAUUAAAAGUUUCUGAUCACGUUAGAUCUUGUAUUGAAUUGACUGAAAAUCAAGAAGAAUGUAAUGCAACGAACAAUGCACUCAAUAAUCAAACUGAAGAAAUAGGCACUCGACUUCCCCAAAAUAGUCUAGCAGGAGAAAUUGGUGCACUGAGUCAAAACUAUAAUGAUGAGAACUUUAGAGGUGACACAAAUGUGACAAGUAUUGAUCAAAACGCAUCUGUCCAUGACAGUAGUGUACAAGAUGAAACAAUGAAUGGCACAAUCGAUGAUGACGAUGAAGAAAAUAAUAUUGAAGAGGUAUUACCUCAAACCAAUCCUAAUUUUGAUCCCAAAACACAUGAUAUCAAACAACUGUACGUGAACAUCAAAGAGCAAAUAGAUUUACAAGAUAUUGGCAAUAUGGAUGUAAAUGAUCCAGAUGUUGAAAAUAUAAUUGAUAAGAAAAUUGCAGAAUUUAAAAAUUUUGAUAAAAAUUAUAAUCGGGAUGAUACGGAGAAUGAAAAUGAUAAGCUAUCAGAAAAAAGUGAACCGAAUGACACAAACGAAUCAGAUGAAGAUCUGUUAGAUGAUAAGUUAUCUUAUCUGAGGAACAGGGAUAAAUCGAAUUUAGAAUAUCUCAUGCAAAAUUCGUCAACAGAAAAUUUUAGAUACUGGAUGAAACACUAUAAAACGAGAGUCUUUAUUGGUAGUAACACAAUGACGCAAAAGUUUAAUCUCGAACUAGAAGAGAAUUGUCCAAAAAGUUUUGUGUUUGUUAUAACCGAGUGUGCUUUUAUAGCUGAAUGUACAGCUUUCGCGCUUUAUAAGCGUCUACAGAGAUUGGAAGAGAGACUAACGAGUCAUAUAGACAAAUUAUGACGAAUAUUAAUCUCUUUAGCUCUUCUAAGUGGUCUAUUAUCUUUCAAAAGAUAAAUGGCAGAAUUAUUGGGGUACCCUCUAGAAUAUCCUCAGAGUUAAAUGCAGGUUGACGGGCUGUAAGUGAGGAGCCAGCUCUACGCCAUUAUUCCUAUCGCCAGCCGUAUGACAUCAACAAUGGGUUGUGGUCUUGUCUGUCUCUGUGGUUGAAUGAAUAUUUAAAAAACCUAACCCAGUGGGCCCAUCCAUCAUUUCUUGACCUGCUCUCUUAUGUGAAUUGUUCGUAACAAAAUAUUCAUCAGUUAUUCUAGUACCCAUAACACAAGCUACGCUUACAUUGGGGCUAGAUGGCGAUGUGUGUAUUGUCGUAACAUUAUUAUUUAUUUAUUAAAAUAUAUAUGCUAACUCUCAUUGAUUUAAUAUGUUAUUAUCGUCUAUCCAUAGAUUUAAUAUAGGUAUAUUAAAUAUAUGGAUGCUAUCAAAUGCUAUCCCCCUGGCCCCUUUUUACUAGGGAACCAAACACAAGUUUUCUUUAUGUUCCAAAGAAAACUCUUUUGAAAAAAGAAAUUGGACUUCUCUCGUGCUCCGUAUCAUCUUGAUUAUUAUUUAAUCAGAGAACAACACAGAAGUUUUUAAAGGGCCAGGGUAAUAGCACAUAUAUUUUUCCAUGUACUCUUUUCUAUCAUUUUAAAAUUUUGUCAUUGUUGUGCAUAUUUUAUUCAUUUUUAAUAAGUCGUUUUAAUCAGUCUGUAAUUCAAUUUCGUGUAAGUGUUAGUAUCCUCUUUGGUGGGGAUUCUGAAUCCACGAAUCUAGACUGAAAUAUUUAUAGACAUAUAAAUGCACAAAAGUAUUAAUUUUUAUUAACGCAGUGUAUUUUUCUCUUUAUUAUUAAAAUAAAUAAAUCGCUUUUGACAUUGAAGGUCUGAAAAAUGAA